UGAUGAGGUUCUUCAAGCUGCUUCAGGCCCAUUAUCAUUCCAAUUCUAAAUCUAGUACGACGACUAGUAACGAGGAGGAGGACGAAAAUAAUAGUAUCAAAAUCACCCCAGAGGAUUUAGAGACUCCAUUUGUGGAGUUUUUGACUCGGAAAAUUCGCUUGUCUUCCAAACUAACAUCGUUCCGUGGUGCAACUGGUGCUAUGCUGUAUCCUAUUUAUGGACAAGGAGAACUGGCACAUUUCUUUUGCCGUCGUGCUGCUAUCAUGGGUGGCGUUUCGAUUACUCAAAUGCCUGUGGUUGGUCUGCUUGUCGACAAGGAUGUUGGGAAUUAUAAGGGCAUUAAGUUGGUUACGGGACAAGAAUUAUUCAGCCAUCAGCUUAUCCUUGCCCCCACAUUUGUGAUCCCACCAGGGUUGACUACUCCCUCAGUUUCUCCACAAAAUGGUUAUUAUGAUUUUGUCCAACAAGAUGCCAGAGAGAAGGUGGUCAGGGGAAUUUGCAUCACAGAUAAUUCCUUUGAACCAGAUGUAGUAAAUUGUUUGGUGUUCUAUCCCCCUAAAUCUUUAUGCCCUGACCAGAUGACAUCAGUCCGCAUCUUCCAAUUGAGCAGUAAUGUGCGGGCUUGUCCCUCUGGCAUGUUCGUCAUCUAUCUAUCAACUAUAUGUGGCGAUGUUGUUCAAGGGAAGAGAUCAGUGAAUGCAGCAAUAGAAGCUUUGUUUUCAACUUCUGUUUCUAGAAACUCAGAGGAUAUUUCUAGGGAUCCUCCGAGGGAGAAUACAGUUGUGAAAGUAAAACCGACUUUACUUUGGAGCACUUUGUACAUACAAGAGCUAAUUAUGGGUGGAUUUGAUUGUGUCAGUUCAACCUCUAUGCCUGAUGGGAAUCUACAAUAUAACCAUGUUGUAGAUGCAGCAUUAAAUGUAAAUGAUGUCCUAAUUAGUUUCAGAACGAAAUCUGUUUAAUCUUUUUUUUUUAUUCUUCGGUCCUGGAACUUGGAGAUUUGAUUUGAAGCUGUAGCAUAGUAACAUAUGUAUUCUGAGGGAAGGCCAUUCUGCUAUUUGUGGCAGCUGUUUCAGAAGAUGUAUCCAGAUGAAGAAUUCUUCCCAAAGAAAAUGCCAUCGUGGAAUGAGG